GCCAAGUCCGGAUCUAACGCUGCGCUCCGCCGAUCCCCGCCCGCCCGACGUGCACUCCCGAUUCCUUUAGGUUCUAAGUCCAAUAUGGCAACUCUCAAAGAUCAUCUGAUUCAGAAUCUUCUUAAGGAAGAACAUGUCCCCCAGAAUAAGAUUACAGUGGUUGGGGUUGGUGCUGUUGGCAUGGCCUGUGCCAUCAGUAUCUUAAUGAAGGACUUGGCAGAUGCAAUUGCUCUUGUUGAUGUCAUGGAGGACAAACUGAAGGGAGAGAUGAUGGAUCUCCAACACGGCAGCCUUUUCCUUAGAACACCAAAAAUUGUCUCAGGCAAAGACUAUAAUGUGACGGCAAACUCCAGGCUGGUUAUUGUCACAGCCGGGGCAUGUCAGCAAGAGGGAGAAAGCCGUCUUAAUUUGGUCCAGGGUAACGUGAACAUCUUUAAAUUCAUCAUUCCUAAUAUUGUAAAAUACAGCCCAAACUGCAAGUUGCUUGUUGUUUCCAAUCCAGUGUAUAUCUUGACCUAUGUGGCUUGGAAGAUAAGUGGCUUUCCCCAAAACUGUGUUAUUGGAAGUGGUUGCAAUCUGGAUUCAGCCCAGUUCUGUUACCUCAUGGGGGAAAGGCUGGGAGUUCACUCAUUAAGCUGUCAUGGGUGGAUCCCUGGGGAGCAUGGAGACUCUAGUGUUCCUGUAUGGAGUGGAGUGAAUGUUGCUGGUGUCUCCCUGAAGACUCUGCACCCCGAAUUAGGCACUGAUGCAGAUAAGGAACACUGGAAAGCGGUUCACAAACAGGUGGUUGACAGUGCUUAUGAGGUGAUCAAACUGAAAGGCUACAAAUCCUGGGCCAUUGGACUAUCUAUGGCAGAUUUGGCAGAAAGUAUAAUGAAGAAUCUUAGGCGGGUGCAUCCGAUUUCCACCAUGAUUAAGGGUCUCUAUGGAAUAAAAGAGGAUGUCUUCCUUAGUGUUCCUUGCAUCUUGGGACAGAAUGGAAUCUCAGAUGUUGUGAAAGUGACGACUCCUGAGGAAGAGGCCUGUUUGAAGAAGAGUGCAGAUACACUUUGGGGGAUCCAGAAAGAGCUGCAGUUUUAAAGUCUAAAAUACCACUUCACUGUCUAGGCUGCAACAGGAUUUUAGUUGGAGGUUGUGCAUAUUGACCUUUAUAUCUGAUC